ACGACGUGUUCUACGGCGUCCUCCGAUUUUAUUCACGGAAAGUGUAAUCGCCAUAUUGCUUCCGUGAGAUUUGUGAAAUAAUAGUUUAUUUCUCUUUUAUUAUGACUGUAACGUUACAAUGGAGUGAAGAAAAUUAAUCAACAGAUCACCGGUGAUAAGUAGAAUACAUUUUUACAGCUGUAAGUUGUGAAUACAAAGCGAAAAAGUUAGCAUCGGGUGAAAAUGUCUUUCGAGAAGAUGGAAGUGGUGAACCCGGCGGAGAAGGAAGCGAGUGAGGUUCUGCACUCGCUUCUGUCGGUUGAGCGGAGGAGCGUGGACAGCAAAGAGGCUAUAAUUGUGGCUAUACCCGCGGAUCAAAACGGUGGGGGGGAAUAUGGGGAGAGUGCCCAGUGGCAUACACCAGUCAUGGGCCAGCACUCAGUUUUCGAGCUGGGGGGCCCACAAAAUAUGCAACAACACAACUACAAUGGCCAUCAGGAACAGGUUCUCUGGCAAGGCCAUACAAUACAAGUCGAGAAUGGUAAUGCUAAUAUACAAGGCAUGUCCGCGUCAUACAGUAUAGAGUUUGACCCUGGUGUUGAAGGUGGAGAAUUAGAUGUUGAUACUAAACCUAAGGUGGAAAAGAAAGGUGGUAUGAAAAAAAAGAAAAAAAUGGCAGACUCAGACAGUGACGAUGAUGUCUUGGACAAUAAGUUGGAAGACAAUCCUGCACAGGUCAAAGAAAGACUGAGGAGAGGUUGUGACUGUAAAGACAACUGUUAUCGAGGCCUGAAUCCAGAGGCAGUUUAUCGCCAUCGUCUCAAUAUUGCAGAAUUGACUAAAAGUGAACAUGACAUGUACUUGAUGGGGAUUACCAUGGCUAGUUUAGCUAAUCCAGCUGAAACAUCGAGGCAUAAAGUGAGAAGGAGAUUAAGAGCAUGUUAUGUGUAUCAGGGAAGAAAGGUUUGUCUCGAAGCAUUUUUAUAUUUAGAAAAUGUUACACAUUACCAACUUAAACGUAUUAGACAGCAUGUAAUGACACACGGCGUCGCUCCACGGAUACAUGGAAAUGUGGGCAAGAAACCUUACAACACAUUCACAUUAGACAUUUAUAAACAUGCUACAAAUUUUUUGAAAGAAUACUUGAAACAACAUGCCGCCUCACCUAAAGAUGUGCAUCCGUCUGGAGAUAAGAAGGGCAGUAAAACAGUUAUCAUUCAGGGAGACUCUAGGAAACACUUGUUUGAAGCUUACAAGGAAUACGGAGAAAUAUUAGAGCCCGGAGUGAAAUUGAUGGGCUACUCAACUUUCCGUGCGUUUAUGAAAGAUCAAUUCCCACAUGUUAAGUUUGCAACCAAAAAGCAAGACUUACCCAAAGAUAUGGUGCCAUUCCGAAGCGGAAAAUGUAUGUCCUACGAUAAAAAUAAGGACCCUAUUAGGAUACAACAGGAGAAGGAAAAGGCAGAGGCCAAGAAGGCAGCUAUGGAGGCGAAAAAGAAGGAGGAUCACGAGAGAGAGCAGCAGGCCCAGCAGCAGGCGCAGCAGCAGCAGGUGCAACAGCAGCAGCAGCAGCAACAAGUGCAGCAGGUGCAGGUGCAGCAGCACCAGCAGAUGCAGAGCCAGGGCCAUGUUGUUAUACAUCAACAACAGCAGCAGCAGCAGUCCAUGCAGCAGCAGAUGCUGGUGCCGCAAGUGAGUCAACACCAACAAGUAUUAUCGCAGCAAGUAGGCGGAGUACAACAAGUUGCACAACACAUGCAGCCCCUGGGAGUCUCCGAAGACAGCGGACAGCAGGUUGAAAUGGCCCAGCAAGUUAUUCCGCUGGCUGUAGUGCAACAACCACAGCAAGCAUACAUAGUGACACCAGUUUCUCAUUUCCAAACGAGGGUACAAGGCGCCUGGUACAGACAUUGACAAGAUAUGGUGUCGGACAAAAGUGUGGAGCCCAUUAACAGAGAUUAUAUUUUAACAUGUUAGUUAUGACAUGAGAUCUCUCUAUGACUGAACUGUUGCAUACCUUUCCCAAAACGAUAAACUAUGUAAUUAAUUCGCCACCUGUAACUUUGGCAAUAAGUAAGUUAGAAAAGAUACCUAGACGUAAACAACACCUUUUCAGUAUUUUUUGGUACUGUUUAUAUAGAAACUAUAUAAGUUUAAUCGUAUAUACACAAUUAAUAUUAGUAUUAGUCUUAGCGUAUAUUAUUUACGAACAAGUUAGGAGUAUAAAUUUUUCACGUAGUGGUCCUUGUGUUUGAUUACUAUAACAGAGUGAAGUAUUUUUGUGAUACUUUGAAUUUACACUAAUGUGUGGAUUUUUCUGAAAAGCUAUGUUAAUUUUUGAUAUCGUAAGUGAUAAUUGAAAAGUUCUGUUUUAAAGAUGUGACUGCAAUUACAUUAUUGCGUGUAUAAAGUAUUCACUAGAAUUAUUUUUCAGUAUGCGGUUUGUGAAACUAAUGAUAAUUAUUGAAAAACUAAUAUGCAAUUGUAAGGUAAAUGUUUAAUUUUAUUUUUUGAGACUCUGUCACAUAGGGUAGUCCCUUAAUCAUUUUAUUAAUUAACAUCAAGUUUAUUGCAUUUAUAUGGACAUUUUAAAUCCAUGAUUGAAUCUCUAGCUCUUGUAAGAAACUUCGAGGAAUGUUGCGGAGGUAGUGCAUGGUUAUAUGUCAGUCAAACAUGGCUGCCUCGUUAAUAGUCCACGCAGACCCAGAAUCCUCGGAUUGAGUUCCUGUACCAAAUCAUAGGUAGCACUAUGAUGAAAUAUUGUUGCUACCAUUCAUACUAUGAUACUCUGCCGUUUGAAAUGUUUUUAAGAUUGAUGUAAAGUGUGGUCAUAGAGUAUACAGAAUUUCAUACAUUAACUCAUUGCUACAUAUCUUUCGAAACUGUUUUUCAAUUCUCAUAAAAAUACGAUCAAAAUAUAAUUUCGUAAAAGCCAUACAACAAUUCACAAUGAAAAGUUGAUUUUAUAAAAAGCAGUGCCUUGAGCCUUCAUGGUAUGUGGGAUACUCUUAAAAUAUGGUCUUGUUUUAAUUUUGGAUUUUAACUUCCCAUUUUACUUAUAAUAUUUCUAUUUGAAUACAUAUC